GGGUAGUGGGGUAAGUAGAUGGCCAAGAAAGAGUCGGGAGGCGGUUGGGCGAGGCAUCAGUGGGUCUCGUCCGUGUGUCUGCCAAGGGCAUAAAAGAGCUUCAGUGGUAGCGGGGCGAGAAGAGCGAGGGGAAGCAAGACGGCGGAGGGCUUGAGACACGCACACAAAUGGACACGCAAAACGAGAGAAAAAUAUAAGACACGGUGAUCACUGUGAUAAAUGGCCAUGAAGAAAAGAUAAUAAGGGAAGUAAAAAGAGAAAGAAAAUAUACCAGGAGGCUUCAAGGAGGAUGAUGAAACAAGCGGAGGAGAGAAUAAGCUUAGCAAGGAAAAUGCUCGGUGAAUAGGCGACGACGCAGUUCAAGUUUUUUUUAGUGCGACUAAUUGCUUCGCUUUCGAGAGGAAAUUACUGUGGGUACACCAGCUGCAGCGGCCGCCGCCACCACAAAGAUACGUGGAGGAGCUGUGGCCCAAAUGCUACUUACGCCAUCAUCAACGGAUAAACGAAAUGAGAGAAACAUAAAAUGAAUUAUUUCUCCUAACACGGUGCAAACGGUGCAUAAAAGGAAAGCUUGUUGGUGGUGGUUGUGUAACACGAAUUUUAAAACUUUUGAUGCUGGUGCAGAGAGUGGUUAUGGAAGUGGUGGAGCUUGGAAAAUGGUAAUGGUGAUUUGGUGACAGUGUUAGUCGUGGUGAUGGUGUUAAUGAACCAUUACAUAAGUGUGAUGCUACUACUCGUGUGUGAAGUCUUCAGCAACGUGGCGUGCUGAAUCCACUAAUGCAGCACCAAUAUUGAGGGGAACAGUCCACCUGUUUGAGAUCUGUACCAAGAGCCCUCUGACAUCUGACAGCUGCCUAGCUUCAACUUGUAUCACGUAGGAUGAAAUUAAAGUAUGAUAAAGGCGCUUUUGACGUAUUUGCGAACACGUGAAUUUUAAAGUAGUGUCAUUAUCUUAUAAGAAAUAUAGAAUAUCUAUAUACGUAUCUACACAUAUACCCAAAUAUGAUUUAAAUUUAUUGUAUCGAAUACAUAUUCAUAUACGUAUUCGAAGAAACAUUACUUGCAUUUGAGAAAUAGUAGAUUGAAUUAUGAAUUUGUACUCACUAAAUAACAUAGCGUGUCUUAUAAGCUAUUAAGAAGUGAGUGCCAAAAGGUCACAUUAACGUCAUCAAACUGUAGUUGCAUUACUCAUUCGUGCACCACUACCAGCACACGGAGCUUCAACAUCGCGCCACCCUUGUGCACCAAAGCAGGUCAAAUAACACACCGUCUUACGUCACCUGUUGACACCAAGCUUCUGAGGAAGAGCCGAAAAUAGAUCACCUAACAGUUUGUCUGUCUGUCAGCCUCCGCCCACCGCCGCCGCCAUGCCUGUUUCACCAUACUAUGCACAAAAUGGUUACGGCACAAGAAACUACGUCCGCAGCAGCAGUAGCGGGAAUCUUGCCGGCAUGGGCACAACCUACUACAGCCCUGGGGACGUGAAAGGAAUAGUGAACGAUCAUCCCGCCGACUACUUCAGGACAAAAUACAUCAUCCCUGAGGAGGGCCCCGCUAAGUCGUAUCUGACGGCGAGAUAUAACUGUCCUCCUCCUCGCAGUGCCUUUCAUCUGAAGCGAUUGGACUCGUCAGACAAUUUAUUUGAGAGAAGAAAUCAGAUCGAAGAAAACAGACUCAAAAAGUCCUCCUCGUCCAGUUUUCUGACAGGGAGCACGCACUCUUACUCGAGAAGCAACAAUGCCAGCGACACCUUUGGACGCACUUUGCCCUACACUCCCAAGACUCGGGCAUUCACCUCCAAUUUGUCUUCACCUACGGAAACUACACCUGGCAGACUACAGGGGGAUCGCAAGUUCCCGGGCCGCUGUGGUGGAGAGUCCAGCUAUGCACGUGCAUACCUGGACAGGAUCAACAAGGGGCGGGAUGACCGUCCUCGGGAGAUCGACACGCGGGACAUCAACACAUCGGUGCCACGGACAGCUAAAUGGCUCAAACUUAACAAAUCAGAAGAUGACGCCGGCGACAUCACAAGGGAUCGACAAGUUGUUCGGCUCACGAUCAAGAGGGAAAAGCCUGUACCACGAGACCCUUUCGCCAUCAGGGACAAAAGAAUGCAAACAAUCGCCCAGAGACUUCUCGAGAAAUAUCAAGUCCCUGACAAAAAGACGGAUCUCUCAGAACUCAAACCGGCAGUAAGAAGGACUUUAUAUCCAGAUUCAAGUCCUCCUCAAGCUGAGAAGUCAACCGUGAAUUCACUGGAUGUCACCUCUAAGCCACCCAAGCCCAGCUGUUCCUCCACUCCUGUGACACCAGUUAGUGCCGUCACGCAAAAUCCACUAGCACAUCAAAUUUCCUCCAUGGCUUCAGGAACGGUCCCAAGAAGACCCUAUUCCGUUGGGGAGGAUAAAGAAGACAUGUCACUGGUACUGCAGCGAGCCACGAACACAGCUGAGACCAAGGAGGAGCUUGAGAGCUGGCAAGAAGUAAAGGAUGCUAUUUACGCUGCCGUGCUCCAUCCUGAUGUUGACAUCGAGUCUGACGAAGAGAUGAACAAAUUGAUUGAAGGAGAACCACCAAGCUCAAGUACUAGCGCCAUUGAAGAAGUGAAGGUGAAGCUUGAUGAGCCAAGGCGCGAUUCUAUGGACAAAGGACUGGCCAUCGUGGGACAACUGAAGAGAUUCGUAAAACAGCAUGAGUCUACAGGCUGCAGCACAAAGAAACCCUCAAAGAAACUCUCUAGACGUUCUAAAAACUCCAAAAAGCGCAAGGAAUGGAAUGCAGCUUAUCAGGACGAUGAAGUAAUUGUCCCAAAACCAACGGAGUCCCCUCAGCAAGAACACACUUGCGCUCCAGUCAGUACUGAAGCCUCCAGGGAAAGGAAUAAAAAGGAAAAAGUCUCGAGGAGCGAAGAUGCGACAAUUGAAAGGAUUGCUGAUAGCAAAAUCGCAAUAAAUACUAUGACUGUCGGAAAGGAAGAGGGACUCAGCUUCUGUAGUACUCAGAAUGGGAAGAAGACAGGAACAGAAAGGGAGAAUUCUAUUCUUUCAGCAAGUCUUGUUCUUGAAAAAGAAGAAAUACCGUGCACCAGCACGACAAAAACAAUCAGAGGACACAUGGGACAAUACCAAAAGAUACUGGAGAAGACUGGUUGUGUCACUGAAGAAAAGUUGCAAAACAUUUCACCCUCGAAAUUGGAAAGUAAACGUGUUUCUUCCCUCCUGUCAGCGGACCUCGUAUUGGGCUCACAAAGGCACGAACAACAGGACGACAUCGCUGAAACCCCGACUGAAUUAAAGAAUAUACAGACAGAGAUCAAGACGAACCAAACAGAGUGUGCAGUAAACGAAGAACCAAAAGAUGUUUCCGGUUCUACAAUGCCAAAAUUCAAAAAUAUUAAAACGUCGGUGGUAGCAACGAAGGUGAGAGGGGACACUUUCAAGUUGAGUGACACUCCAGAAUCUCCUCCAUCAGGGCCUGUUCUUAUGAAUCCGUCCUCCACCUCGCUAGCAGAGUUACCUUCGACCCAAGACGGUUUAAUAGAAAUGCCCAAAGAGCAAAGUAGCGACACACAUGCACAAGCACGCUCUGCUGACACUCAGACUUUCGAUCGCCAAAUGGAGUCGCUAUCAGCUCUCGAAACCCUAAAGUCUAUCAUGAGGGAAGAAGUCGAGAACGUCGCUGCCAAAGACUCUCCAACCGGCGGUAAAACGAAGCAGGUAACGGCGGGGAACUCUACCAGAGACGCCGCGGCUGAGUUAGAGACAAGCAGAGAUGGAGGAGCGUGCCUCACAAAAGGACAUAAAAUUGAGAAAGCUGCCAAAGUCGAGAGCUCUGAGCAUCUUGAAGCGGUCGAGAAGGGUCGUGGCGCGAAGAAUUUGAACUCGUCAGCUUCAAAACAGGAAGAUGGCGGGAAACCUGCAGGAGUUGGAAAAAAAGAACUAAAAACACCAAAGGAACAGAAAGGAAAUGAAAAUGUUAAAGCAAAAGAUUCAUCAAGGACUGAAGCACAAAUUCUGCUUGAACAAGGCAAGAAAAAUUAUGAAAUUAAACCAGAUCCAUUGACAAAGGUUUCUUCAAAUCCAAAAUGGAUGAGGAAAGAUAAAACAGUGACAACUGAAGCAUAUAUAGAGAUGAAAAACAAAGAAGAAACCAAUAUCUUUAAAAAAGAGGAGACUACAUCCACUGUUAAGAAAGAUGAAACAAAGUCUGAUAACGAGAAGAAAGCCGAAAGUAUAGAAAAUAAACUAAAUAUCAAUCAUGACACGGCACAGAUCAGUGCAACAAUCGAGGGAGAAAAGCAAAAGGAUGAGAGUAAAACAAAUAAUCGGGCAGCUGUAGACAGCAAUGAUCAGGAAAGAGAUGAGGAUGACGUCACAAACUUAAAGGGGAAAGCAAAGCCGACCCCGACUUCAAGCGAGGGCGCAGGGGCCGAGAGGGGGCCACCGCCCAACACAUUACCGGUGAAAAGAGCCCUGAAAAAGCCUCGUCAGGUCGCACUGCCUCCUAUGUCUGAGAAGAACACUGCUAAUGAGCUACUUAAUGCAAGGAACAUUCUGAAGCGACCCGUCAAGCUAGGCGCAGCGAAGCCCACGGAGAACAGCAAACAUGACUCUGAAAGUGGGAUGGAGGUAUUGACAAGAAAUGCUAGGAAGAAGCAUAUUUCUCAGUUAGUUCCUCCGAGCCAAGACGGUCAAUCCGGCGAGGUCAAAAACGUCAUCAAGAGAUCAGGGAACGAAAAAGAUGAGCCGAAAGCAAAGACAGCCCCUUCUGAUGCUGAACUCAAGGAACCAGAAAACAAGGUAGUGGCAGGCACCUCAGGCGACACGGCAAGUAAAGAAUUUGGCGAGUGCGGCAAGGGUACGCGAGGCCGUGUCCUCAGGAAGCAAAAGUCGACUUACUCCAGGUCUGCCUCAUCUUCCUCUUCCUCUGACGACGGAGGGAGCACAGUCAGAAAAAAUGUUGAUAAACCGAAGAAAAUCAUAAAGCCAAUAUCGGGCGUAAAGAAGACCCCGAGCCCCAAGGGAGACGCUUACACUCCCGGCGUACCCGAGACAACCGCCCACUCCAAGACGCCCUCGGCUAGCAUUCACUCGACGUCCUUGCCCGGCGGUAAAACAGAGUCCGAGGAGAAACAUGAGGGUGGCGACGUGAGAGUAACCAACACGGAUGGACAAAUGCCUAAGACAUCGACGCAGGGACCUGGGGAAAACAAAGGAGUGACAGAUGCACAAGAGAAGGUCGAGAGACAUGGUGGUGCGAAACAGGCAACUGGGGUAGAAAAUAUUCAAACAGGGGUGGUUAAGGUACAAUUUGGAAAGGAGGAUGGCCCAGAAGACAAAGUACAUAUACAGACAAAUCCUAAGGGAGUAGCAGGUGCAAAAGGUGGGAUGGUAGGUGCGUCCCAAUCGGCUGAUUCAGGGUAUGGAUCUAGCCCCAGCACACCCUUGCCGACGCCCACGCCCGCCGCCCCAAUCAAAGACGAAGAUGAGGAAAAGUGUGAUGUAUGCGGGACCAACUGUCACAAGAAGUGCGAGAAACAGAUGCCCAACCUGUGCGGCGUCAAUCAAAAGCUGCUGGCUGAGGCGCUUUCCUCUGUCAAGAAGGGAGGCAGUACAGACGGCACUAUACAGUCUCCUGUCACACCCCCGAAGGCCUGCUCGUCCUCAUCGGUGUCGGGGUCGGAGGCGGAGAGCACCGAGGAGGAAUCGGACACCACCGACACCGACACAGAUUUCUUUGGGUUGCCAGAGAUUCGCCCGCCCUUACAGACGUGCCCAAAAUUCAAGAAGUAUAGCGUGGACGACUUCCAGUUUAUCAAAGUCCUCGGGAAGGGAAGUUACGGCAAGGUGAUGUUGGCCAAACAAGCAGGCUCCGAAAACUACUUUGCAGUGAAAUGCCUCAAGAAGGACGUGGUGCUGGAGGACAAUGACGUGGAGUGCACAUUGAUUGAGAGAAAGGUGUUGUCUCUCGGAACCAAACACCCGUACCUGUGCCACCUGUUUUGCACUUUCCAAACGCCGUCACAUUUGUUUUUCGUGAUGGAGUACCUGACCGGGGGCGACCUCAUGUUCCAUAUCCAGCACUGCGGUCGCUUUGACGAGUUCCGAGCGUGCUUCUACGGCGCCGAGAUCACCUCUGGACUCAAAUUCCUGCAUAGCAAGGGUAUCAUAUACAGGGACCUCAAGCUUGAUAACAUUCUGUUAGACUACCAAGGACAUAUCAGGAUCGCAGACUUUGGCAUGUGCAAGCUUCAGGUAUAUCUGGACCGCUACGCCGAUACCUUCUGUGGCACGCCGGACUACAUGGCUCCAGAGGUGAUUAAAGGACAGCACUACAAUCAGUGCGUAGACUGGUGGAGCUUCGGGGUACUACUAUAUGAGAUGCUGACCGGCAAGUCCCCGUUCAAGGGUUGUGACGAGGAUCAUCUCUUUUGGCUCAUCUGCAACGAUGAGCCCUUUUACCCCAAGUUCCUUUCCAAAGAGGCGACGUCUAUCCUUAAGCAGCUCCUGGACAAGGACUCUUCCCGGCGCCUUGGCAUCCCCUUCAGUCCCUAUGGAGAAAUCACGGUACACCCCUUCUUCAAGUACAUUGACUGGAAUAAGAUCGAGAGGAAGGAAGUUGAAACGCCUUACAAACCUAGAUUGCGUCACAUACUGGACGUGCAGUAUUUCGACCCUCUGUUUACGAAGCGACAUGCCGCCAUCACGCCCAUCGACGAGAGUAUCCUGGCUACCAUGGACCAAAAGCCCUUCAAGGACUUCUCGUACACAAACCCUAACAUAACGGAUUGAAAAAUCUCGAUCGAGCGAGAUAAUGGGUGAGGCGAGGUUUGGAUUAUCAGGACUACUCAGGACACAUGGACAGAGAUGCGUCCCGUGGAGUAAAUUUUAAGCCAGUCAGUGGUAAGAGAUGUCACUAAGUUGGAGAUAGCAUGAGCAGACAUAAACGUGAUCCCUGCAUCGUGACAAAAUCUUAGCCACUAAGGCGGACACGACGGCCCUAGCUAAUUUAUCACUCCUUCAUCCUUGGUAGCAUGGACUGAGACAAGAGAAGUAAAGUAUUUUCUUAGCCAAACAUUGUUAUGAAUAGGUAAUAUCAUUAAAAUAGACACGGACUGAAGCUGGUGAAUCAUUUUCCCUUUGCCGCUCCCUUCCUUUUACCUCCACUACAGCACAUCCACCCACAGCAUCCCUAGCAUCUGCCUUACCAUCUGUUUUUUUCUGGCUGUGCGGAACGGGUAUUUCCGCUUGCUGUCCAGUAUAAAAGGGCUCAUUAUUUUACUUAAGGAGGGAAAAUGACGAACUAAGGCUCUUCGGUCUCAAGUCAGUAGGAAAUCUGCUUGUAUAUACUAGAUUUCACAUCCUUACAGGAUGUUGAGUAAGGGACAAAAGGUUCUUUAAAAAGUUUCUAUCCCGUGGUCAUCUGAUUCCUAGUGAAUGGAACUUUUUGCACUCUAUCUAUAUUGCUCACGCUUUCCUUAAAUUCAGUAACGCUAAGAGAAUAUAUAAGAAUAAAAGAUCCCUCGUGUAACUCAAGGAAAUGAGUUAUGUAGGCAAUGCAUUAGCUUACACACACACUACUUUGAUGUGUGUGGCAUAAGGGACAUAAUAUUAAGUGUCGCUGCUACUGAAGGGGUCAGUCACUCCUGUGGUGACGUUUCGUUGGCUGAGUAAAACCUGUGGUGGUGGUUGAGAGAGUCAACAACACAGAGUAGUAGCCUCGAGGAUUUGGAUUAUGUCAAGAAGGAUUAGUUGUGGUGUGGCAUUACAUAACUCGAGCUACAUGUUCUCUGCCUUGGAUUAUUUAAUCUUUUAGACAUUAAUGAAUUGUCCUGAAGACUGAGAGUUCUUUGGGAUUCUGGCAAGUUUUCAGCGAAUGCGGAAAGCGACGGGAUUGAGAAGUUAAGUGAAUGCUGGUAACAGAGAAGCAUCACCCACCGACUUUUAUGACACGUCGGGUAAAAUUCUUUCUCGAGUCAUAUUCCGCGUCUGGGUCAGUUUUAUAAUCUUUGUGGUGGUGUGGUGGGAACACCGUGAACACCGCAAAGCAGUCACCAUAGAGGAAAUAUAAAGGGGAGGGCGACACGAUAUACACAUUGUAAUAUUUUCCCGUACUGCUCUCGAGGCUGAGUGCGAUCUUUUCUGGAACAUGACAACCAUUUCAAUCUCAGUCCCGGAUAUAACCAAACUUGCUUCAUACGGUGGCAAUGGGCAACGGAGGCCGUGAUAUAGGGGUGGAGAAUGCAGGCACCCAGGAAAAUGAUAACAGACUUCUUGUUGCCAUAAUAAGUGUAUUAAUUUAAAGUUGCUUGUAAAGACAUCGGAACUAGGGUUGCUGGUAAAUCAAAAUAACGCAUAUAUAAAAAAAAUCAUCAAAAUCCUGGAUUAGAAAAGAGAUCGUCCAUAUAACCGCAGCAAAGAAAGCAUCCACAGUACAGCAUGCGACGCGAAGCAGCAUUCCUGUUACCCUCCCUUGUCGUACACUUGUUUUAAUUGGCAUUAAUAUUUUUUUCUUCAUCUUGAUCCUAAUAAUAUGAGCAGCAGGGUCGCAGAAUGUAUCGACGGUGAUUUACAUUUGCUCUGUUCAAAUAAUCUGUUUAAUAGACUAUGAAGGUGACGUGAUGUGGUAAUAUUUUACGUAACUCUACAUAUUUUCCUCCUCUCUCAAGGCCCGGGACCACGUCUUGACUUCUGUGUCGUCAAAGACUUCGGUCCACAGUAGAAGAUAGUUUAUGUAAUUAUAUAGCAAUACAUUUUCAUGGUA